CUGAAGUCGGCAGCUUUCGGAGCUCUCGUUCUGCCGCUUUCGGAGCUUUCGUUGAAUCGUUCAGGCUGCGAGAGGCGGCCGUGCUACCACAAGGCUCUGAAGCCGCGACUCUCACCGACGAGUCCCAACUAUCGGCUGCCCGGCUGUUAGGGCCGCAGCAGGAUGGCAGGCGUCACGAGCGAACCAGGCCAGGCAGCGGCACAACCCCCCGAGGCUCCCCUCUCUCCCUCUCCCUCUCCCCCCCUCCCCGAUGAGACGAGCUUCUCUUCCAUAGUGUCGGACCCUGCAAGCGCCGACAGUGAGUCGUCUUCUUCGCAGCACCCGGCUCAAGUGCUCGCCCACAAUGCCAGCAUGUCCACUGUCACAUCAGCAUCCACAGCGGCCGCGGGGCAGCCGUCGGGUGGUGCUCAUGUGGCCGUCAAGGUGGAGGCCGACGAGGGGGGUCAGUGUACCCGCACCACCUGCUUUGGCACCAAGAUGGCCACGGGCGGCAUGUACGACGUGCCCACCUACCAGCGGGUGCCGUACGUCACAUCCGGCUACAGAAUCAACGUCCGCACCACGCGAGAGUGUCUGAUGUCAAUCUUCGCCAUCCACAACGAGACCCUUAACAUCUGGACGCACCUCAUCGGCUUCUUUGUGUUCGUGGCGAUGGCCGUGUGGUGGCUGCUGGACAUUUUCUACCUCGACCACGGCAACCACCACUCGUCGCGGAUCGCGUCGGUGACCGAGGCGCUGCUGGAAGAGGGCAAAGAGGGCGGCGAGGAGAGGGACACCACCACGGUGCAGAGGAUAGAGGGCACGGUGCGGCUCGACGUGGCCUUCCUCCUCCUCCUGCUCUUCGGAGGGGCCUUCUGCAUGCUCGCCUCAGCCAUGUAUCACGCAUUCAGCUGCAAACACGAGCCAGGGUGAGUGACUCAAGGGAGGGCUGCCACACACGCACUGAUGGCUCAUCCAUCUCCCUUUCGUUCGUAUGCAAUUGACUCACUCAUUGCAGGUUCGGCCGUUGUCUGCGUCUGGAUCUCUCCGGCAUCGCCGUGCAGAUUGCAGUCUCCAUUUUCGCGGGUCAGUCAGUCACAGUGAGGGCACCGACCGCACCAGUCAGACUGCAAGCAACACCCGCGCAUUUACGGAAACCAGCGGACGGUUUCUCUCUCGUCCGAUGCAUCUCAUCUACAGGUGCGUAUUUCGGUUACGCGUGUUUCCCGAGUCUGCAGAAGAUCUACCUCAUCUUGACGGCGGUCCUGGGCGUGACGAUGGUGUGUCUGCCGCACCUGAGGUUCUUCCAGGGGCCAGCGGGGUUCAAGAUCCGGUUUGGCGUGCUGCUGGGAUGCGGGCUGAGCGGCCUGGUGCCGGCGCUGCAUUUCGUGGGUAUCGCCAAGGGCGAGGAGAGGGAGCUCCUGAUGUAUAUCAUUUACAUGGUCAGUCAGUGGGGCAGACAGACAGACAGACAGAUAGACAGACAGACAGACAUGAGAGUGUCUGUAUUGUGUCUGUCGACCCACGCACUUGAUGGCUGGAUGAGGAUGAGUCAAUCGCAUGGAUUUCUGUGUGGUGUGUGUAUCUUGGCAUGCACGGCUCCUUCCUUCGUCCACACACAGGGCGUCCUCUACCUCGGCGGUAUGUGUGCCGGAGAGACAGGGGCGGAGAGAGAGAGAGUCGGCCGUAAUCACAUUAUCUCUGUGGGUCUCUCUCUUUGUUGUGCGUGUGUGUUAUUUGACUGAUUGGAUUGAUCAGGUGCUGCGCUGUACACGUUGCGGGUGCCUGAGAGGUGGUUUGCGCCGGGCAAGUUCGACAUCCUCGGACACAGCCACCAGGUGCGUGCGGUGCCUACCAACUUCACACAAGACAAGACAAGACGCAACAACACCACACACAAACACUCUUUGUCCACUCCUCUCUCUCUCUCUCUCUCUCUGUGUGUGUGUGUGUGUGUGUGUGUGUGUCAGUGGUGGCAUAUGUGUGUGUUUGCCGCAGCCUUCUGCUGGGUCAAGGGGAUCACACAAUUGUAUUACUUGCGGCUCAAGGGCUGCGACCAGCUCUGACAAAAUGACAGCUGGCUGGCUGGCUUCCUGGCUGGCCGCCUAGUGACACUGGAUUUGUAUCACUCCAUUUCUCUCCCUCUCCCUCUCCCUUUGACCGUAUCACGUCUGUCUGUGUGGGUGUGAUGUGUGGGUGUGUGUACGCGCGUGGAAUCGACCGUCAAAUACGCCCUCCUUGUGGAGUGCCGUGCCCUAAGGGGCGAGGGGCAUGGUGCCACACAAGAGCGGGAGGGUCUCUUACGAUCUCUUCCAUGAGCUGACUAGUCAGUGAAGGCGUGCACUGCAUGUCUGUCUGUGCAUGGGUCUGUCUGGUCUGCAUGGUAUACAUGGUCGAUUUUUGACACACAUGAGUGAGUGAGUGAGGGAGGGAGGGAGGGAGGGAGGGAUGGGCCUCCACCCCACCCGAGCUGGCCAUCGCGCGGCGACCGGUUCCUUCCUGCCGCCCUCCCUUGUCUGUCUGGUUCCGAUUGAUUGAUUAUUUCAAUCAAGUGUAUGGCGUCCUUUUUUGUGCGUCCCUUUUUGGAUGGCCGGUGAGCCAGUAGGGCUUGCCCGGCCGGCACUGCAGUGCAGUGGGGGACACACCCUCCUCUCUCUCUUCCUCCCUCCCUCAUGCAGUGCGCUGCGAGCGAUGGGCCCGGCCGCGUGGGGUGGCGUGUG